AUGGCGGCACCGGCCCCGGGGGCUGGGGCAGCCUCGGGCGGUGCUGGCUGUAGCGGCGGUGGCGGCGGUGCGGGUGCGAGCUCGGGCUCUGGGUCCGCGGGGGCCGGCGGCCGGCUGCCCAGCCGCGUGCUGGAGUUGGUGUUCUCCUAUCUGGAGCUGUCGGAGCUGCGGAGCUGCGCCCUGGUGUGCAAGCAUUGGUACCGCUGCCUGCACGGCGACGAGAACAGCGAGGUGUGGCGGAGCCUGUGCGCCCGCAGCCUGGCCGAAGAGGCUCUGCGCACGGACAUCCUCUGCAACCUGCCCAGCUACAAGGCCAAGGUACGUGCUUUCCAACAUGCCUUCAGCACUAAUGACUGCUCCAGAAAUGUCUAUAUUAAGAAGAAUGGCUUCACUUUACAUCGAAACCCCAUCGCUCAGAGCACUGAUGGUGCAAGGACCAAGAUUGGUUUCAGUGAGGGCCGCCACGCAUGGGAAGUGUGGUGGGAGGGCCCUUUGGGCACCGUGGCAGUGAUUGGAAUUGCCACCAAGCGAGCCCCCAUGCAGUGUCAAGGUUAUGUGGCAUUGCUAGGCAGUGACGACCAGAGCUGGGGCUGGAAUCUGGUGGACAAUAAUCUACUACAUAAUGGGGAGGUCAAUGGCAGUUUUCCACAAUGCAACAAUGCACCAAAAUACCAGAUAGGAGAAAGAAUUCGAGUCAUCUUGGACAUGGAAGAUAAGACUUUAGCUUUUGAACGCGGAUAUGAGUUCCUGGGGGUUGCCUUUAGAGGACUUCCGAAGGUCUGCUUGUAUCCAGCAGUUUCCGCUGUAUAUGGCAACACAGAAGUGACCUUGGUGUACCUUGGAAAACCCCUGGAUGGAUGACAGUGGCUUUCUUGAGAUGAAAGAAGAGAGUGCCGCUUCUGGGAAUCAUGAAGUGACGGUGUGUUAUGUGCAUGUCCAAGUAACAUCCUCAGCAACACGAGAAGUUGUGAACUGGAGAAGCAACUCGGCUGCAGAUUAUUUUUAGUGUUUUCUCUUUCCACCGGGCCAGGGAAAGCCUCCGGGUCGCAGUUGGUUGAGUGGGCAGUUGACCUAUGCAGGUUGCAACAGAUUUUGUCUCUAAAUUAGCAAUGUUUUUCUUUCCAGCUUUAAAGGUGAAAUUUUUGAGAUGCUGUGAGAGAGGGUUAAGGAAGUAGCACAUUUUCAACCAGUGUGUUGGUGAAGAAAGAUUGAUCCCAUGUUACAACCGCCUGUUCUUUCUCCAGUCCCCCCGCCCCCCAGCCAGCUUGACUAUCAGAGAAGUAUGAAACUGGCUGUGUUCUAUUUAAUAUUUUUAAUAUAUUGAGAAGCAUGGUCUGCCUGGGACUGCACUUCUCUGAGACAGAAAAUUGUGCAGCUAUUUUAAAAGUUGUAUAUACAAUAUGUGUGUUUAAAAAACUAAAAGAAAAAAAAAGGACAAAGGGGUGGCUUUGUUCUAGUUCAGUUUCUUAAAAACCACUACAUGGUACAAAGUUAAAAUAACAUUUUGGGACAAUUGCAUUACUACAAAGAAGAGGAUUUUAAGAGGAGAUAAGUUUUGGCUCAUUUUGUAUUCUUUCUGGCUUACCAUUCCCAUAGGUUUUACAGUCUUGCUGGAUUGUAAGGUUUUAUAGCCAUUAAAGUUACAGUAAAGAUCCUUCAGUUUCCUGGUUAAACACUGAGGGAAGGCACAUCUAUUUCUAUUUAUACAAAUAUUGGCCAAGACACAUAUCCAAGCAUGAUAGCAAUGCAUACCUUUUGGUGUCUGGUUUUAUGUUUUGGCUGAGAAAGUGUCUCAUAAUACAGAACAUUGCUAUUUACUCCAUGAAAGCUGUCAUCGCAGACUCCUGGCAAGUAAGAGAAUGAUGUUCCUUUUAUUUUGUAACUUCAUAAUGCUACAGAUAAUAUUGGAAAAAUUUCCUUUCAUACUGUUUACGUCAUGCAGUAGUCCUAGUUUCAGAUUCUUCACUGGGGCUACCACGAAAAUGUUUACUCACCUCCCAGAAACUCUGACAGCCUGAACCCAAGUUGAGAACAUUUUUGAUUUAAUGAUAAAAAAUUGCCCCCAUGGGACUUGAAAUGUGACAGCUUCGGGUUGGCAGUAUUUUGAAAGUUUCAUCCUUGACAAAUCUAACAUUACCUCCUAUUUGGACUGAUACACUUUAUUUCUCUUCAUUAAUAUUCCCUGUGUCGGUGAUCCGUUACCCCUGAACUGAGAUUUUCUUUUGUUAGAAGAGAAGUAAACAAUAUCUUUCUGUAUGAAAGUAUAAAUUGUAUGGUUUCUGAUAAUAAGAAUUGACGAAGGCAAGUGAAAUCUUUGUACUUUGAGAUUGUUGCUGUAGGUAUAUUUUGUUUUAAGUCUAAGUUAGGAACAGCAAGCAGCUUGCUGGGGAUCUUGGGUUGCUUUGAGAGUUGAAAUUGUCAGUACUCCAGUGAAGCCAGGGGUUUCAACCAUAGAACAAAGGCUGCUGUUGCCACCUGAAAGGUUUACAAGUAUUUACUGUGUAUUUGGUAUGUGGCUUGAAAGGGUAAAAUUUAUUGAAGACUUUUGAUAUCUGUGUCAAAAGAAGAAAUCUUGUACAGAGUGAUGUUAAAUGUAUUAGAGAAUGUAGCUGAUCAAAGAAAUUGAUUUUACUUGGUGUAGAACAACUCAAUUUGGCAAAGUUUAAAAUUUGAUUGCAAAAAACUGGUUCAGGAUGGAAAUUGGCUACUUACAAAGUGAUAAAAUUCUGCAAGUACUUGCUUCUUUUUCAGGUUAUGGUAUGGCCAAUUCCAAGAGCCUUUUUUUUUUUUAAAGAGUGUUUAUAAUCUUUAUUUUGUCUUAUUAGUAAAUAUUCAUUUGUAAUAGUGUUGAAGGUGCAGAAUGGAAAACAGAAACACAUGGUUUUUGCACAUUAAGCCUAGCAUCAAAUAAUUGUCUAAAAUUUAACAGUAAGCCAUUCCUGUAGCAAAGGAAACACAAUAUCCAGUUUAUACCUUUUAUAAUAAAAUGGAGAAUCCAGGUCAGCAAGAGCAUCAGGGCAGUGAAAGCCUUGUUUGUAGCCUGGUAAGAAGAUGUAUUCCUAGAUCAAUAGUGUCUGUAUGCAGUACUAACCUGCUACAUCGUUCAUGGACACGCAGCCUCUUUUUUCAUUGGUGCAGAGAGUAUUUGUGUAGAAGACAAUUGCACCUGAAAAUUGAGUAUAAAUUAUCAAAACCAGUGGUUCUCUACCUUGUCUGUCCUUUGGAGUUUGACGUAUGUUUUUGAAAAUAAUGAUUUUUGGGUCCCAUACUCUUGAUAAUCUGAUACUGCCAUGGGAUUAGAACUGGCCAAAAUGAUUUUUUGUUAAAACUCUGUGCUGAUUUCCAUAUCCUACUAAGGUUGAGAACCAUUGAUCUAAAACUCAUCUUGAAUUCUCAUUUGCAAAUGAAAACCUUCCCUCCCUCCCUCCCUUUUCACUACCUCACAGGAUAUUGAGGGUAAAGGACAAAAUGGGCAGCUGCUGUGUUAUGGAUGAAAAAUUACUGUUGAAAAAAAACAAAGUCAUAUUUAUUAUAUUUCAGCCAAAAUUAUGAUCAGGAAAAAAAUGUAUUUGAAUUUGGGGAAGUUGGGAGCACUUUUUUUUUCUCCUUAAUGCAACAUGCAGAUGUGGGAGCCAACAUGACUCUUAUGUUACCGUCUUCUGUUACCCUUGGGAUGGAUUGUCUAAAGAGUUGUCUAAAGGGAAGGAAAAAUUCUCAAGGCUUAAAGUCUGUAAUCGUCCAGUGGCUCGUAGUUUAUUAAAAUUUUCAUACAAGGAAUUCUUGGUUGAUAGAAUCAUUUCAUCAUUUUCACUCUGACUUUUGGAGCCGUCUAUAUCAUCUGCCAUUCUUUCGGUUAAAAACACCUAAAGUUGAGUGGGUUUCAUCUCCAUUGACUAUUUGAAAUCAUGGUUUCAGUGAUUAGACAUUUGCCUUAUGGAUAUGAUUAGCCCAGGAAAGAGUUUCAAAAAUAAUAGCCUGAUACCAUAUGGAAGCUGACCAAAUUAACCUUUUACCUUACAUCCUCAAAUUACCAUUUAUGUAGACUAAAAUUACUAGUUCUUGGUAGUUUUUUGAGAACUAAGUGAUUUGGAGAGUUAGCUAGAGAGUUUUAAAGAUUAGUGGUAUUAGAAGGAUUACUGUCUGAGGCGUGGGCUCUGAAGCGGCCCCCCCCCCCCCCCGGGUUGCGAUGGGCCACUUCGGAGCCUUCACUAGGAAGGAACCACCUGCACCAGCUCAGAUGCUGUCCCCACAGAACCUCUUCCAGGUCCCCUGGCCAAAUGUAAUCUUCCUUGAAAUGUCCUUAGUCCUAUAUUUUACCCAUGCUGAAUUCCUGUUGUGUUGCGUUAUGCCUUGUGUAACAUUAUUUAUAUUUAUUAAUUAUUUAUUGGUGUCUUAGCUCCCUUAAACUAGGACAGGCUUAUCUUCAUAGCUGCCUCUUCCAAGCCCACGAGGCAGGUGCUCACAUGUUUGCUAAAGUAACAGAGAACCAUGUAGCAAGACAGACGCUCCUCUGAAAUCACAGGCUGUAGUGGCAAAGGACAGAUGGAGAAGAAAUGCUUUCUCCGAGUCCAAGUGGAGUAGGAAGGAAAGGGUGCCAGCCUGAGGCUGGGAAGGAGAAGUAACGACUGAACAUUGUCACCGUUCCCCGUUCUUCACAAAGACUGGCAAAUUAAUUUUUAGUUCUGGAUGUAGAUUUCCUAUUUGUUUAAAAUUAUGAUCUGUAUUAUUUUUUUGAAUUCUGUUGUUUUGCCUUAGUUUCCUAAUAAAAAGUUAAAAC